AUGGGAUCUCGUGGUGGUGCUGGCUGCUCUGUCUACGUUGGAAAUCUCCCUUACCAGACUAGCGAGCAGGAAAUCGGAGACUUUUUCAGUCAAGCUGGUCAAGUAACUAAUGUUAGAAUGGUUUACGAUCGUGAAACUGGACGAGCCAAGGGUUUCGCAUUCUGCGAGUUCGCUGAUGAAGCUGGAGCACAAAACGCUAUGAACAGACUCAAUGGGGCUGAUUUCAAAGGACGACAACUCCGAGUGAACCUCGCUAACAGGGACUGA